UCCGUGACCCGGAAGUACUUUCUUUAAUGUUGCUGACAAGGCGUAUGUAAUACUGAUCGUUUCCAUGUGCCUGUAAUUUAAUAAAUAUUUCAAAGCUAAUCUGUGGCCAUUAAUAUACUGCAAAAAUGGGCAAAAAGGGUAAAAAAGAGCAGAAGAAAGUUAAAGGAGCAGAGAAGACAGCAGCCAAAAUGGAUAAAAAGAUUUCAAAAAGGUCGAAACGAGAAGAGGAGGACCUGGCAGCACUAAUAGCUGAGUUCCAGUCACUGGACGCCAAGAAGACAACAGUUGUGGAGACUGCCUGUGAACCACCCUCACCCAGAUUGAAUGCUUCUCUGUCCGCACACCCAGACAAAGAUGAGCUGGUAUUGUUUGGAGGCGAGUUCUUCAACGGUAAAAAGACAUACCUCUACAAUGACCUGUUCUUUUACAACAUAAAGAAGAACACUUGGGUGAAGUCAGAGAUCCCCAACCCUCCUCCACGACGCUGUGCUCACCAGGCAGUCGUAGUUCCUCAGGGAGGGGGGCAACUGUGGGUGUUUGGGGGGGAGUUUGCAUCACCUGAUGGGGAGCAGUUCUACCACUAUAAAGACCUCUGGGUGCUUCACCUCUCCACCAACACCUGGGAGCAGAUCAAAGUUCCAGGUGCCCCCUCUGGAAGGAGUGGACAUCGCAUGGUCCUUAGUAAGAGACAGCUGCUGGUGUUUGGAGGCUUUCACGAGAGUGCCAGGGAUUUCAUCUACUACAAUGAUGUGUACGCCUUCAGUCUGGACUCCUUUACCUGGAGUCGCCUCUCCCCCUCUGGAACUGGCCCCUCCCCUCGUUCUGCCUGCCAGAUGACCUCCACUCCUGACGGCUCCGGGGUCAUCAUCUAUGGGGGUUACUCCAAAGCGAAAGCUAAGAAAGAUGUGGAAAAGGGAACCAUCCACUCUGACAUGUUUCUGCUGAAGAGAGAUGGCAAAGAAGAACAAGAGAAGUGGUCAUGGUCCAGGAUAAGUCCAUCUGGGUCCAAGCCUAACCCCCGGUCGGGUUUCUCCCUGGCUGUUGGGCCCACUGGCCGGGCGCUUCUGUUCGGAGGGGUGUGUGACGAGGAGGAGGAUGAGACCCUGGAGGGGGACUUCUACAAUGAUCUCUACCUGUAUGACAUCAACAAGAACCGCUGGUUCCCUGCUCAGCUCAAAGGCUGUAAGUCAGAAAAGAAGAAGCGUCGACGGGGUAAAAAGGGCGGGGAGGAGGGCGAGGGUUCAGAGGUGACCCGGGACGAGACCGCGGCGCCGCAGGGGCCCGUGGAGGUCAUCAGGGAGGUUGUCACUGAAGACGGAACGGUCAUGACCAUCAAGGAGAUAAUCCCCGGUACAAAGACGGAGGAGGAGAGCGAGGGAGAGGAGGAGGAGGAGGAUGAGGAGGAUGAAGCGGCCUCGGCCAUCCUGGUGGAGCCCUGUGCUCGCUCCAGUGCCAUGGCGACUGUGAAACACGGGAAGCUGUAUUUGUAUGGGGGCAUGUUCGAGGUGGGAGACCGCCAGUUCACCCUCAAUGACCUGUACUGUCUAGACCUUCACAAGAUGGACCAGUGGGAGGUGCUGGUCGAGAUGGACCCCAAAACCCAAGAAUGGCUGGACGACUGUACUGACUCGGAGGACGAUGAUGAAGAGGAUGAGGAAGCUAAAGGAGGUGAUGAAGAUGAGGAAUCAGAAGAGGAAAGCGAAGACGAAGAUGAGGAGCACCCAUCAGUGCAGCCAGGGGAAGAACUGGAAGACUUCCAGAGUCGUACUGAACAGUACUGGGUAGCCCUGGCUCGGGCCAACAUGGGCCCAGAGGCCAAGGACAAGAAGGUCCAUAAAGUGGGCAUUGCCAUGGCCAAGGUUUUCUUUGAAGACCAGCGAUGAGCGUGUGAAUGUGUAAGACAGAAUUUUCCUUUUGUAUUUGUGUGUGUGUGUUUGAAUGGAUCAUGAUUGAGAGGGAACCUGGUGUAUGUCAUAGGGAGGGAUGUGCCUACUCCCUCCCCGUGACCCCAGAGUCCAAUUAAACAAUGUCUCUGUUCUGUUCUGUGCCUAAAUAAACCUCUGCCUUUGUACAGUAGACCUAACUCUAUUGGUUUGUACAGUAGACCUAACUCUAUUGGUUUGUACAGUACACCUAACUCUAUUGGUUUGUACAGUACAUCGAACUAUUGGUUUGUACAGUAGACCUAACUCUAUUGGUUUGUACAGUAGACCUAACUCUAUUGGUUUGUACAGUAGACCUAGCUCUUUUGUAGGGCUGCAAGAUUUGGAUAAAAUAUUGAAUUGCGAUUUCUUUGACAAAUAGGCCUAUUACAAUUACGGUAAUGAUUUGCGAUUUUCAAACAUGGGUGUGAACAGCGUAGAUAAUCUCACUUAAAAAUAGAGAUCAUAGCAUACAUAAUGUGCUAUUGAACUGAAUACAAAUCAAGUUAAAGUUAAGUGUUUUCUAUUUUACUCGUAUUACCAAUUUGAAGGUGCAGACUGUGUCGAACUAUUCGUUUAACUGCUCAUUUAAUGCAAUGGUGUUUGUAGCAUUUGCUAUGUUUGUGCCUUUGCCAUAGCUGCUUAGGUAACAUUUCUCAACCCUUGAGGUAUAUUUUGCUAGCAGUUGCAGUAUUAACUAAAACUAACACUGAAAAACCAUCAAGUAUUUAAACAAAAUUAGUCUAGGUAUUUAAGUUAUUUACAAAAAUACCUACAGCAUCCGCAAGAAAAACUAUUACGGACGUACAAUGCAUGCCCGUUGCCUCGCUUGUAACGCAUAUCAUUCACCUUUUUUGGAGCUGAAAAUCGCGCAAGUUGCCGAUUGUGAUAUUGAACAUAUCAAUAUCGUAAUCUCGAUUAAUUGUGCAGCCCUACAUUUCGGUUUGGACAGAGACCUAAAUCUCUUGGUUUGUAAUUUGGACAAGUGUGAUCUGCACCAGCAAACAAAGUUUUUGUUUUAUUUUCAUAUCUUCAAAGAAAAUGGUAAAAAACUUGUUAUUGUCACCCCCUUGAAUGAUACAUUUUUAACCACUUUCACAUUAAAUUUCCAGAAGUAAA